AUGUCGCCCUCCAACGAGCCCGGUUACGUCUCCGCUCACCGCUACGGCAAGCGCCUCGUCCGCGUCGCCCGCGUUGUCCGCGAGAACAUCUACGGCCAGGAGCGCCACUCGUUUAUCGAGUACACCGUUCGUGCCCUUAUCGACGGUGACAUUGAGAGCUCGUACACCAAGGCCGACAACAAAUGUGUCGUCCCCACCGACACUGUCAAGAACACUGUCAAUGUCCUUGCCAAGACCUCGCCCCACGUCCUCGACCCCGGCAUGUUCGCGCUCCACAUUGCCACCCACUUUGCGACUCGCUACGACCAUAUCAACAAGGCCUACGUCGACCUCACCACCCACAAGUGGACCCGUAUCCCUGUCGAGGGCAAGCCCCACAAGUGGUCGUUCGUCCGCGAUGGCGAGGAGAAGCAGCAGGUGUCGUGCUUUGUCGAUGCGGCAGACAAGAAGAACCUCAAGGCCAACCUCCAGUGUGGUCUCCGGGACCUCUCGGUCGCCAAGACCUCGGGCUCUUCGUUUGAGGACUUCUGGACUGACGAGUACACCACUCUCGUCGCAGUCAAGGACCGCAUAUUCUCAACCGACGUCGACUGCUGGUACACUGUUCCCCUCCCGAAGAUUCCGCUCACAAUCGACAACAUUGGCGCGAUCGGCAAGGCCCUCAACCUCCCCAAGGUCGCCGAGAUUGUCCGCCGUGACACGCUCGAGGUCUUUGCUACCGACGAGUCGGCCUCGGUCCAGGCUACCAUGUACAACACCCAGCAGCUCAUCCUGAAGCACUGCCCCGUCAUCGAGUCCAUCUCGUACUCGCUCCCCAACAAGCACUUUAUCCCCAUCAACCUCACGGCCUUUGGCCUCGAGAACGGUCUCGGCUACGAGGGCGGCGCCGAGGUCUUCCACCCUGUUGCCGACCCAUCGGGCUUCAUCGAGGCGACCGUCACGCGGAAGUCCAAGGCCAAGCUCUAA